GGUACGUUGACGUUCUGCAAAGAGCAAGCAGAAUUUUUCACUUUUGGUCGGCCAUAUUGCUUUGUCGCCGUGCGUGCGUCUUUUAUUGAAUCAUAGAAGCAUAAGCCAGACUUCAGUUGUUGUCUACAUCUGUUAUUGAAAUUCAUCACUGUCAAUAACUAACAAUACCAUGGGUGAUCGCAACAACCCCAUAAAGUUUGGUCCGGAGUGGCUCCGUAACUUGGCCCGUGAGGGUAACACUGGCACAUCUGGGAACAACAUUCAGAGUGCUAUGUCACCAAACUCUGCCAACACUGGAGCUACAGGUUCAUCAUCUGGAGGAAACGCAGCAUCGGGUUCGAACUCAGGAAACACAUCCAACACUUCCCAAAAUAUUUCGCCGAAAGUACAACUUGCAAAGCUUAGAUAUGGCAGAGAAGAAAUGUUAGCAUUAUAUGAUAGAACUUCAGAGGCACCUCCUGAGCUAAAAUUUAUUGAGUUGCUUUAUCAACCUAGAGGAAAAGCACCAUUUGCCCUAAACAACACGUUUGAGGAUGAGAUUCAAAGAGAAAAUAUGAGAAGUGGUCCACCAAUAGGUAGUAUUUCUCCAGGGGAGAGAUUUGGUAUAGGUCGUGGAAUGGGACGUGGCCUGAGUGUUAGUGAUGGAAGAGGAAGACCAAGAAUGCCCUUUGUUCGUUCACCAUCUACAGGAAGGGGAUCGACUGCAUCAUGGCAUCUUGGUAGUCCUAGAACACCAGGAUAUAAUGCUGGAGUAGAUGAUGAUACAUCUCUAAAUCCCCGUUCUCCCUGGAGUGGUGGCAAUGGAAGUAACGCAGUUAACAGAAGCAGUGGAGAACAAGCAGAGUGGACACCAAGUAAAAUGUUCAGGAGCAAACGUCAGGGCUUAGCAACAAAUUGGAGGCAAUCUCGAGAAGAAGGUGAAGAGUGGCGUUCAUCAGAUGCCGGAAGACGCUCCAAUCAGCAAGAUAAAUGGGAACGAGAUUGGAGCGAUAGACCGACCCAAGAUAAACCACAGAACUGGAAUUCGAACCGUCGCACAUGGGUGGGUGGAGAAACUCAGAACAGUGAUGAUCUACCAGAAUGGGCUAUGGAUAAUGCUGAAGCAUGUGGAGGAACAUUUGAUUCAUCUGGAGCCUUCCAUGGUUUCAGCAAUGACGACACUAACAUACCAAAAACUCCAGAAUCUACGUAUCCCCUCAUCCGUUCACAUACUCAUGGCAGUUUUGCACGGUCAAAAACAGUAGAAGAAGGUUCUGAAGAAUGGUGGGCUUCAGAGAAAGCAAAAAAAUUAUCACCAAAACGCUUUGAUGCCAGUGAUGUGAAAUUUAAAAAGCAACUGAAUACACCUGAGGCAAGCACUGACACAGGUACAGAUUCUAAACCUUCAACAAGUAAACAUGAUGAUCUACAAGAAAUUCCAGAGAAAAUUGAAAAGGCAGUACUGGCACCAGAACCAUCUGAGAAUGCAAGUGGAGGCCUUAGUGAUGAUGAGAAGUUUAAUAACAAGAAUUCUUACAAAUCGAAAUUUCCAACAGAAAGUAAAACAUUUGAUUCCCAUAUGAGAUCUGAGAUAAAUCUUGAUGAAGCAAAUGAAAGCCAGGAAAGAGGCAACUUCCAGUCUGUUAUGAUAACACCUAAUAAUAGUUUGCGACAGAAACAUCAAAACAUAGUUUCAUCAGCAUCUGAUGUUUCCAGGGAAAGUAAUAUCAAUAGAGACAAGCAAACAAUCCUUCAACUUCUUCAAAAUGCUCCAACAAAUCAAGCCCUGGAAAUUGAAAUGCGGAAACAACAACAAGCAUCUGAGGACAAAAUUGUUGAUGAAAUUUUUGAUAUGACUUUGGAAGACAAAGAUGUACUAUCUAAAAACAAAACAAUCGCCAAUCCCCUAAACCAAUCAAAUACUAGUAGUAUAUCUUCGCCCAUUGUUAAUUCAAUGCCACACAUGCAAAAUUCACAGAUGCAACUGAGGUUAUCGAGUCCAGUAUACCCUAAUCAGGGAAUGCCAAUGAGCACUAAAUCAAAUAUCCCAAAUCCUGGUAUGCCGUCAGGUUUGCAAGGUAUGCCGACAGGAAUGCAUGGAGUGCUUCCAUCUGGAAUGCAAUUACAAUCAGGCUUACAAAUGGGGGGGUUACCUCAAGCACUUCAACAAGUAACUGGUAUACAGGCAUUGAAUAUGCAAGUCAAUAUGCACCAAGGAGGUGGAAACCAACAGCAAGGCAGCUCCUUGCAGUCUUCUGGAAUGCAACAGUCAUCAAUGCCAGGAAAUAUACAGACUCCAAGUUUACAAAGUGGAAUGCAGAAUACUGGAAUUCAAAAUUCUGGUAUGACAAGCACCAUGCAGCCAUCUUUACAAUCAGUGGGAAUGACCAAUUCUGCAUUGAAUGCGUCUUUGGGCUUACCUAUAGGACCAGUUAGUAAUGCUAUGGGACUACCUCUUCAAGGUAUACCUCCGCCGGUCUUACAAAAUUCGGGAAUGAAUACUGGUAUGGGUGGUCCAGGCUUACAAGGGCUUGGGCCUGGAAGUAUGCAAAGCAGUAGCACAGGAAUCUCAGGUUAUCCAAACAGUGGGCUACUUGGAAUGUCCAGCCCCAAUGUUGCCAUAGGAAUGACCAGCCCUAAUGUUCCUAAUAGUUCAUUGUUUAUUGGACAGAACUCUACUAAUCCUUCUAUCGGGACAUCAGGUGAUAUUCCAAUGCCUAAUAAUCAUGGAAAUCAAAGCAAUAUUUUCCCAAUACAUGGACUCCAGCAUUCAGGGUCACAAGCAACAUUUGGUUCUUCAAUAUACAGUAAUAUUAUGCAACAGCCGCCAUCUCAACCGCCACCUACACAGAACCUUGCUGAUCAAUGGUAUUACGAGGAUCCAGAAAAAAAUAUCCAAGGACCCUUUACUUCAAAGGAGAUGUACAAAUGGUACAGAGCUGGUUUCUUCAGCCCAAAUCUGAUGGUUCGACGGGCGUGUGAUGCGCAUAUGCGUCCACUUGGCUCAUAUGGCCCAGUUGCUCCAUUUUCGCAAAUGGAUAUGAUGUCUUCGUUUCCGCUGUCUGGCGGUUUCGACCGAUCGCCAGGGCCGCAUGAUCCCAUUCUCAAUUCACAGCAAAACCUUGGAUUGGAAUCGGUCGAUUCCUUGUGGAGUCAGCCCUCCCCAUCAAACGACCUUAUGUGGGUGCAGCAGGCGAUGUCUGGUCGUAAUGACUCCAGGGUCAACAAUUUACCAAUGUUCUUUUGGGACCAACAGCCUACCACCAUAGCAUCGAAUUCUAUAAUACCAGAAGACAUAGCAAAAGAGAUGAAAACUGAAGAUCAGAUUUUAGCGCAGCUUAGAGCAUCGCAGAACAUUAGCACACCUCAGGGCGUAUCGUUUAUGAAUGAGCAGCCAGCAGCGAUGCAGCCUUCCGGUAAAUCAGAAGAAACAUUCACACCUGCGGCAACGCUUGGUGUCACUCCUAAUCUGGAGGAAUUGCAAAAACUAAUACAGAAAGAUACUUUAGCUGCUAAACCCUCUGAUGAAACUAGCGAUGAAAAUGUCGAAGUUCAGCAGUCAUCUGAAAAAACGUCAAAAAGUGAACGAACAGUGGAAAAUAAAUCAUCACAAAUGAAAUCAUCAGCUGACGCUAAACAGACGAAGCAAACGAAAGGUGAUAAUGAAAAGACAGCUAAAAAUAAGGAGAACAGUACAAAAAGUAAAAGCAAGAAAAAAGAAGAAAAGAAAGAAGAAUUAGAAAGUAAGACUAAAGAAGAUAAUGUCAAAACGGAGAAGAGGUCGGAGGAAACUUCGCCAGCUAAGAGUAAAAAGGAAGACAAGCUUAACAAAAAAGACUUGGAAAAAGAAAAGAAGGAGUGGCUUAAGGAAGGCUUCACGAUUGUGAAAGGGUCAGAAAAAAGUGUUAGUAAAGAUAACAAGAAGAAAGUGGAGGAAAAUAAAAUUGCAGAAGAAACUGAACGCAGAAGGAAAGAGGAAGAAAAAUUGGCUCUCGAAGAAGAAAAGAAGAGAAAGCAAGCCGAAACUAUUAAAAAUAAGGAAAUACAACAGCAACAGCAGCAACAACGGCAGGCUAUGGAAUCUGUUGCGAAGAAGGCUCCGUGGUCGGCGCUAGCGAACCAAACGAUGCUUGCUACCAACAAAGAUGGACUCACUCUAGCUGAGAUACAGCGGCUCGAGCGCGAGAAGAAACUGGAGCAGAUGAAGGAGCAGCAGCAGAUGAUGCAGAUCAUCGCGCAACAACAAGCCGCUGCCCUUGCUAGGGAACAGGAAAUGCAAGCUGGAUUGGGAUGGGCAAAAAAGAAGGGGACCAAUUUUAACGUUCCAGGGCAAAGUUUAGCAGAAAUUCAGGCGGAGGCUCGCAAGCAGGCGGCAGCGACGGCUGCAGCAGUGGCGGCAGCGGCGGCGACGCAAGCGUUAGAAGAAGCGGCAGCACAACCCCAACCCAACCACGUGCCCUGGGGUAGUGCGCCCAACGGCGGUCCAGCUAACAAAGGUGGUUUUUGGGAUACUCAACCGAAUCCUCCGAAUAAGGCGGAGAAGUCGCAGGAGUCGCCUAAAACAUCAGCUUCAGAUCAGAAGGCUAAGAAAAAGGCGAUAGUGAACUUGCCCGCCAAGAAGGAAACCUCGCCUGCAGCCGAGUUUGAGACUUGGUGUACCACUGUGUUGACUUCUUGGAGCUCUAAAAUUGAUGUACCAACUUUCGUCGGAUUUUUGAAGGACAUUGAGUCGCCUUAUGAAGUUAAAGACUAUGUCAAAUGUUAUUUAGGAGAGUCAAAAGAUUCAAACGAUUUUGCUCGUAAUUUCCUCGAGAGAAGAUCGAAACUACUUCGCGUGGGCAUGGUGACGCCGUCAGACGAUCUAUGUUCGCCAGCAAUGGCGGUCAAUCCGCGUACACAAUCCGGCUCCGACUACCAAGAGGGUAAAGGAAAGAAGACGAAAAAGAACAAAAUGUUGAAAGUGGACGCUCGCAUUCUCGGUUUCUCCGUGACGGCAGCGGAGGAUCGCAUCAACGUCGGCGACAUCGACACAGUGUGAGCGUACCCAGUGUUCAACAAGUAACUCGCCUUGUGAUACCGGCCGCUGAAUUAUUUAAAACUUCAGUUCUCUCCACGCCUAAUCUAGCAUGUAAGAUACGCCCCCAUAGGCGCAAGAGCAAACACUUACACAAACUUUCGCACCACGAAAGCCCCACUACGAUGUCGUCCUCCAACUAGAUUUAUAAACCGACACUUAUCUUACGCGAUGUCAAUUUUUCAACUCUAACACACCUUUGUCUGGAGUUUGUACCACAAUUCAUCUAUCAGUGAAAUAUUUAUUUAAAGUGAACAUUUAGAUAGUGGUUGUGUAGUGUUGUGUUUAUUGAGCGGCGCUGACUCGAUAACUUAUAGCUUAUUGCAUAAUAAAACGACAACAAUUAUUGUGCCUUCAGUGUGUUCUGGCUUUUAGGUGAAAGGAUCAACGACAUUAAAUAUUUAUUACAGUAAGAUUUUUUUUAUAUCACCUACUAAAAAGUACUCUUUUGUUUCGUAUGUCAACUAAAAGCGACCUCGAGGCGGGCGGAGUGUGCAAACAAACGUCUUACGUAAAUCACUUAAAGCUUCUUAUUUUGUAUUUUAUGUAACUUACUCUCUUUUCUCUCCGACUCGAACUGUCGUCAAGUUUGUUGACGUACAAAUCAGAAGAUUACCUUUCAUAGUACUAAGAGAGAUAUCAUUUUGCAACAUACAAACGCUUUACAUAUCGCUAUACCAAAUUCCAUAUAAGAACAUCGUCAUAAGACUUGCAUAACACCGGUGUAUGUUGCAUUGUGGUAUAUCCGCCGUAACGCCCAGACGCGGCACAAAUUUGACAAAACUUCUUAAUCUUGAUAAUCGUUACACAUACAUUAUAUAAUGUAUUAUUUUUAAUGAAGUUUUAUUUCUAGUCACUACAUACAAAUUAAUAAAAAUUAAUUUAAAAAAAAAAACACGACACUAUCAAUAAUAAUACAGUCGCUAUGUAAAUGAACGGUUAAAAUGAUUUACAAAUUAACAGUUAAAACGAUUUUAUAAAUUAACGCAUUAAAUGGUAUACAAUCUUUAACAUUCAAUUUGUGUUUAUGUUAAGUUCAAGUAUUUACUUGUUUACACAAAAACAAAGGUAUUGCAUAUAAAAUCCCAUUGAAUUUUAUAAUAUAUCUCUCUCAAAGUUAAAUUCUGUGUAUAUACAUUAAGAAUCGGUAAAAUAUAUUAAUAAAUAUAGGUGUAUAUGAAUAAUGUAUAUUAGUAUUGCAUUCACACGAAGAUAUGGGAUAUGUAACUAAUAUAUAGUUCAUUAAAUACAGACCGUAGCAUAAAUAAUAAUUAUUAAGAUCUCUACAAUAUACAAUAAUAUAAGUGGCAUACAUUGCAUCAAAUGUUUUGAAUGCAUACUAUUACUGAUAAAAUUUGUAGAUUCAAAUAAAUGUUAAUAAACCAUUUUUUAUGAUUAAAAUUGUCUAUAUAAACGUAUAUCACCACCACCACAUGUCAUGACAAAGUUCUGUUUUUAUAAAAUUUAAUAUUAAUCUAUUUUAUUCUUGUAAAUACGUCGUAUGUUUUUGAAUUUGCAGUGAAACUGCAUUUCUCUUCGAAAGUUGUGACCACCUCUGUUGUCACACAAAUGUGAUAAAUGUCUUCGUGUGAAUUACGCAAUUUUAAGUUGCUCACUUGUAAGGACAUGUUGUGAUCACAAUUAAACGUUGUUGGACGAAAUGUGUCAACUUAAAAAAAAGUCUCAUAAUAAUGAUAAAAGCAAUUUGCAUUUUAUUUAUUUUCUUCAUAUUCUAUAGAUUUUGUAUAAUGUUCAUAGUGAUGACUUAUUGACUUCUGUAUAUGUUGUUAUGACUGUUAUCUCCCCACAAUAGUUGAUAGUAAUAAAUAAUAUAAUGUCCUAAUUAUGUAAUGGCUAAUUGAUUUUUUAGGUAAUGAUUUUAAAUUCACGGCAUAUUUAACGAUAGACGUUUUUAACAUGAUAAUUUAUAUAUUUUUAGCAUCAUUCAAUUAUUACGUUUUUAUUGAUGACGUUUUAAAUACACUAUUAUGUAUAUAUUGUUAUUAUUACAAUUGUGCAGUGAUACAGUGGCUUAUGGUCAUUAUAAGCUAUGAUGUUUAUUUUGAAUUCGUUUUCGUUCAAUUGUAGGCGUUUAAAUAAGCAUAUUGUUUGUAAGGUGAUAGACAGAACUAAAAUUGUAAAAUACACAUAUCCAGGUUUUCUUGGUACAGUCAACAGCACGUGAGGUUGUACAAAUAUGACAAAUUUAUCCAUUUGAUUUUGAAUUGUACUGACGGUACAGUUGAAAAUCAACUGUGGGAAUUUGACAUAUUGUGAUAACCUGCCGUGUGUACUAACCGUAUACUAAUCGAUUGCUCUCCUUUGUUAUUACCAUUUUAGCGUGCAUUGCUAUAUGGCCAUUUUAAUUUAGUUUUAAUAAUUUUAUAUUCAAUUCUAAGGAUUUUAUUAAGUGUUUUAUGUGUAUAUACAUUAUUUAAAUGUUGUAUUGCGUAAUCAUUUGUAUAUACUUAUUAUACUUUCAUAUUUCUUACCUAAAAAUAUUUUAUACUAAUUCAUAGGUUCAGUUUUGUUUACAAUUUACAUAAAACGUGUGAUCUGUGCGUGAGCAGGUAGUCCUAAUACUCGCUUGUUUAAUACAAUAACCGAAACGGCUUUGUAUAUAAAUUCACUCGAAGUAUUUUAUUUAUUUCAGAUGUAUUGGUUACAAGUAACAAGCAUAUAAUUUCAGUGUAUGAUUCAAAUCAGAUGAUUUAGAAUUGAAUGUUUGUAACAAGCUUUCUUUUUCUUUUGAUAUGAUACUGUUGGCACAUACCUUAAUCAUAAUUUCAACGGCUGUUUAUCAUUGUUUAUCUUUCAUGAUUGAUAAGGACAUAAAAUAAUGCCUGCACAGAUAGACUGGGUGGCGUUAAAACGACUAAAUUCGAUAACUAUCCAAAAUAAAAUUGUUAGAAAUAUGCAAAUCAAAAUGAACUCAAAUCAAAUUACCAUAGUUUCAGGGUCUCGUUUAUUUCAUUGAAAUCCAAACUCUAAAUAAUUCAGAAAUAUUAUUUCUUUAUUCUCGUUGGCUACUUUCUUAUGAGUUUCAGUGUCAGGCAAUCCAAAAUAAUACAAAAUGGAUAUCUUAAUUUAAAAUGAAUGAUUUAUUUUUGCACAUUUAGGCAGUAAUAUUUGAUGCACGUUUAGUAAUGCUGACAGUAAGUUUAUUACACGGUUAGAUAUUUUAUGUCAGUCUGUAAAAUUAAUUCUUUGAAAUGUUACAAAUAAAACGGUACUCUUAACAUAAAUUUUAUUAAAGUAAAUCUUGCGUAGUCGGAUAUAAUAAGAUGUUAUCUUUUUAUUCUCAAUAUACAAUAUAAAACUACUUCUCUGUAUCACACAAGCCGAUAGCCUGUUUAGAUUAAUUACUUGCGAGAGAAAAGGAUAACCUUACUUAGUAUAAUAGUUUUUAAAUUGUUUGAGAAGUUUUAUUUAAGUAGUUGUAUCGUUUUCGAAAAAGCUUACGCUUAUCCAACAGUCUGCUUGCAUUGUUUCUAUAUCCUUUAUCUAUAAAUAACUUCUACUUUACAAGUUGAUAAACGCCUUUCAUAUUGGUUUCCUUAAUUUCUUACUAUAGUUCACAGUGGUAAUAACAGCAUUGAGUGUACACAGCCGACAUACUAGUGAAUAGUACGGAUCGUCACCAAUUUAUUUUCCAUGUAGCCGCCGUUUCAUUUUGUAUAUAAAAAUAAACAUUGACUCUCUCGUUUAGCUGUAUCGAGCAUUCUUAUUAAACUGUCGUUAGUUUCGCUGUUCAGGUACAAUCUCUGUACAACUGUUUAUUCUUCUUAUAGUUAUGGUACUCGUCACGGAUACUGAAUAUUUUGCUUUUUUUAAUUAAUCUCUAAUCGAUUAGUAAAAUUUGUGUUGUUUACUAUGAGUUUGUUAUGUACAUAAUUGUCUUGCCGUUUCAUUUCAAUCAGCGGAUCGCUAACGUACAAUUUGAGAAAUAUGUACUUGUACAUUUAACGUCGUGUGUAAACGUGUGGAAGGUCGGUAAUGAAAUGUGUCCCCCCCUCCACGGCACACAGUCUAUUUGUAGUGUUUCAAUUUUGUUAAUGAUUUGUUUUAGAAUCGUUGGUAAUAGAUAUCUUUAAUUACUCCAACAGGGACAUACACGUGUCGUCGAAAAUAAACAAAAACUAUCGUUAAGUAAAGUAAGAAAAGUGUUUAAUUCAGCAUGGUUUCAAUACUUCAAAAUAUAUGUUCAAUAUUCCCGUUUUCUAAUUUAAUUCAAUUUGGGAAUUGCAUUAAGAAGCAGCGUCAUAAUUAUUAUAAUAGUUUGAACAUCAAAAUAUUAAUGCGUCGCCAACAGAUUUCUUAAAUGGGUAUUAAAUAAUGGUCUUUCUGUAAUGAUUCGAUAUGUAUUUAACAGCUUUAGCAUUAUAUUAGAUUGUCCUUUUUUUAUAUAAUUCCAUAGUCUUGUAUCCAUACCAACACCAUUCUAACCUACUUACUAAGUGUACAAAAUAUGCAUCAACAUCAUUAAUAAUGCGUUUUAGUCUGUAUAAAGUAGUUUGAGGUGUGCUUUUAGUAUUAUUUGGUGUAUUAAAUGUUAUUUCUCUCUAUUUAUAUAAUGGAUAUGAAAAUCGGGAAUUAAAAAUUAAUAAAAAGAAAUAAGAAUAACUGCCGUUUACACGCUUUAAUUUGAUCAAUAUUUUCAAAUUUGUGUGAAAACACUUCUGCAUUUUUUAUGAAACUGCUGUAAAUCUUAAAACUAUGACCUGUCCCUGUUGUGAGCGAUACUAAGAUUAGAUACUUGUAAAGUUUCAAUUGGAGUUUAAAUAGAAUGCAAUAAUAAAUUGUUACCAAAUAAUAAUAUACUAUGGAAAUGUUAUAGUACUAAAAUACACUUCCACUAUAGUAUAUUAUAGGCUGUCUAUUAAUGCGAGGUUGUAAGGUGGCCAGUCCACUUGAAGAGUGCUUUUAAUAAAAUAUGUAUGGAUGUGAGUAGCCGAAGUCACGAACGUCACUGGAUUUAGUUAUAUCGAACUCAAAUCAUUAUUUUAUGAAUUACUUAUCUCUUACUUGAAAUGAUUUUUAAAGAUGCCAAUAACUGUGUUUUCUACAAUAUAUUUUAUUUAGUAUGUAGAUGGAUCAUUGAAUCAUUGGAUUUUUACAAUCUAUAUAAGUAACAGUAAAACAAAUUAUAAAAAAAUUGCUGAUCUUACUUCUAUUAAUUUGAGGUUGCAAUUUUUGUAUAUGCAUUUAAAAAUGACGACAAAUUAAUUUUAAAUAUUUCAUUCCAAAAAUUAUAUAAUCAUAUAUAUUUCAGAAAAUAUGCGGGAAAUAUUCUGUGUAACCUAUAUGUGUAUUAAAAAUAAUAGUUUGUCUCAGACUUGGCGUUUAAGACAAAGUGUGAUUGAUGGUUACUCAUAAUCAUAAUAAAUGGGUGAAGACAAUCGAUGACCAAAUCAUUAAUGACAUAUUCUGACUAUAAUUAUAUUUUAGGUUAUUCAUAUAGUUAGUUCACAAUUUAUUGUAUAUGUAAAAAAUAGACUAAUUGAAAAAUGUUUAAUUCCUAUAAAAUAUACAGCAAAAGUGAUAAUUAUGGCCUUUGCUGUUAGCUGAUAUUACGGCAGUUUUUCGGCUGCACGCGUCCUUCCAGUGUUCUAGCCACCGAGUGGGGUGUUGCUCUUGGCAAAAACUAAAUUAUUCAAUAUUUAUUACAACCUUAUUAUAAAAAAAAGAAGCAAUAAGUGUACUGAUUCUUGUAAACUCCUAAUGAAUGUUAAAUGUUUCGAUUAUUAUUAUUAUUAUAUGAAUAUGUUUUAAAGACGUGUAAAUAUUAUUUUAGAGUUAAAAAUAAAAUAAUUGAUCAUUGUUUUGGAUAUUUUAUUUUAUUACAUUUUAACUUUAAAGAAGACAUAAUAAAGUACAUAAUUAGUGUUGGUCUAAACAAUACCGCCACUUUCGAUCAUUCUAUCCUUUUCUGUAACUCGGAAUCACAAUACUAACGAUUUCAUUUACCAAAUUAAUAAAUUUCUCAAAAACGAUUUUUACCAAAGAUACUCUAUUUUCAUUUAAUAAAACAAACAAAUUAAGCGAGGAAGACAUUUUUAAAAUCACCAUUUUUUUCAAAAUAUCUUUCCGACCGAUUUUUAGUGUUGCCAAAAUAAAAUAGUAUGUUUGUGCAAGCAAUUACAGAGCUGUUGCUAAAAUAUUGAAAGUACGUGUGAAACUACGAAAUAAAUAAUUUUAGAACACUACACAAAACUAUAGCAAGAGACA